AUGGAGUUCGUUGUUCCACCCCCGGCACGGCAUGUCCUGCCCAAUUCGAAAAAUAUUUGGGUUUGCUUCGGCCGGGAGCCUGAAGCGAGAAAAGAGACAUUAGGCUUGCAGCAGCGAUCUCGUGAUCGAUCGAUUGAUGCAGGUAUGGGUGGGAUGGGGUGGUUUGUUCGUAUUGGUAUGGUGUGUGUUGCCAAGCUGCCAAGCUCGUACGGAGGGAGACACUAUAUUCAUAUAUUCAUGGUUGCUGAUUCUUGGAUCAAGAACAAAAGUGGCGAUAUGUGUUUGCCAACUAGUUGUUUCCAACAGGGUAUCAACAGGGAACUGACUGGGGAUGUGGAUAUGUGGCUACUUUAUAAGGAGUAUCCGUCUAGUGAGCAGGGAUCGGAGUUACCAAAGUAG